AUGUCAGUGUCUUAAGAACAAAAAAUUUCCUCUACUUCCACUCUAAAGGAUGAUUAAACUCCGUAAAAAAGACAGUUCUAAAUAUAAAAUUUACUCAAAAGAAAAGAUUUUAAAUCAGUCGUAAGAAUUUUACAAACUGAUAAAAAGUCAAGAACAAAUUAUUAAAAGCUUAAAUACUAAAACUAAGAAUAUCACGUUGGUUAAAAUUUAUGCAUCAGAGGAGACAAUGGAUCUGAGUACGUCGCCAAACUCAUCAAGGUUGUCAAACUGAUUGAUAAUGAAGAUAAUUGCUUACCGUUUAUUAAAGUAUAGUGGUAUUAUAGGAAAACUGAGUUGACGGGUUUACCUAAGGAUUAUCUAGAAUGUAUUUCUGAAAAUGAAGUUUUUAAAACUAAUGAAUUAGAUUAUAUAGAAAUUGAAAGCAUAAUUGGCUUGGCCAUCAUUUUAAGCUAUGAAGAAUACGAUAAAAUAGAAGAAUUAAAUGAAAAUGUAUACUUUAUGAGAGCUACAUAUUUUGAUUAAAAGCUAUUCCCUUCUUUUGAAUAAUGGAAUAAGGUUUGCUUGUGUAGAAAACCUCCAAAUCCAGACCUAAAGUAUGUCUUUUGUGAAAUUUGCUAAAAAUGGUUUCAUCUGAAAUGUGUUGGACUUAGUUAGGAUCAAGCUAGCAAAUUAAAAAAAUAUAUAUGUCCUGAUUGUAAGAACUGA